AUCUUAUUUGCAGAGAAGUAUCUGGUGACUAGUAAAUAAUGCGAAUCAUUUUCCAGUAAUUUUAUCUCAGUUACCUACAAGCACAGUUUGGCCUGUGGAUUUUUCGAAGUACUUAACUAUUUGAUAUUUUAUCUAAUAGUUGUCAAAAUAAAGUAGAAACUAUUUUUACACAUUUAUUAUUCUUGUUAGCUGUCCUAGAUAUUGUUGCAGAUUUUUUUUUUAUUUUUACUUAACUUUGCUUGAUUUGUUGCAGGCUUAUUUAAGAAAUCGAUUGUUGUUUAUUUUUUUAGUCACGUUUCGCUAAGAGAUGAUCUUAGACAGGCGAGCCUUCAGAUGUGCUCAAGAAGCAGCUAACUACUUGUUUAUGCCAAUAAUUUACUGGCAACAAGACAGCCAUUUUCAAUUUGGGUUUCAAUUGUUCUCCCGAAGAAAGAAAGAGGAGACAACGGUCUCGUCUGCUGCUUCUUUCGAGCAUUCUUCCUAGACGGGUAGUACGUAACAAUAUUUUGCUAUUCUUCUGAGAGAAGUGAAAGCUGAGUCAGUUUCGUCUGUACGCGAAGAGUGGUCGGAACCUUCCACUCAGCGUCUCUCUUGAGUUAAGUCCUGGCUGUUUGAAAAAUUGAACCAAUGCUGGGUCGUCGUCAGAACAGCGGCACAACUGGUAUGGAGACCGCCGAUGCACGGAUAUGGUUUAAAAUUUUAUGUUUUUUUUUUUUUUUAAUUAGUGGUUUUUGAAAAUGUGAUUCGCGCAUUAGUUCUAUUUGAUGAAUCGUUAAGUCCUCAAAUUUUUUCCAUCAGUGAACUCUAAUUUAAUACACUUUAUAGGCUGUCUAGAAGUACCAACUAAAGCCUAUGCGGUUGUCAGUUUCUACGAGGUGAUUUCUUCUAAAUCGAUUGUUUACAUUUCUGAUUUAGAUAAAUAAUUUACUUACUAUAUUCUUGAAGAACAGUGGUUAAAAGAAUAUUCUGCCAAGAUACGCCACUCGGAAAUGUGAAUCCGGCCUGAAGUAAGUUUUCCAGUGAUUAUCGUUGACUGACGGAGAUGCUUCUACUAAUUUAUCAGUGGUUUGGAUACACGAAAAAUUAAUUAUUUCAUAAAUUGACUUGCUGGAAAACAUUGUUUUUUUUCUAUUUGUGUUUUUUUUAACAGCUGUGAGCAUUAUACCAAUAUAUUUUUUUUUCUGUCUGCUUAAAGAUUUUCCUUUUGUUAUGUUAAAUGAACAAAGUAAAUCUCUUAGUUGAAACUCACACGCUCCUAAGUGGUAAGGUGUCAAGUUAAAUUAUUUUUCGGUACUUUUCCUAACGAGUUUCUUUCAUUACAGUCGUUAUGCCUAAAGGCCCAUUACUAAUUAAAUUUUGACCUAACUAGUAAGUUGUUUCAUUAUGUUUCACUGAAUGUUUGUAGAAAAAUAAUUGUCAACCUUUAUAAAAGUACACGUGUAAUGCGUAAAAACUGAUUCGAAUAAUCUGUAAAAUAAUAUGAAAACUAGAAAAAAACUCAACAUGUCGAAUAUACAAGCGUAUAGUAAUAUUUCCGGUACUGAAAGACUGAAACAAAGAUUGUUUGGAUUAUUUUUAAGUGUUCCUGUCUUUUAUCAUUUAUAAUGUAUAAUUGUGUAAAGAAGAAUACUUAGAUUAUAUUUCAAAGAGCCUUAUCUGACAUAAGGUAAAUUGACAUGCUUACUGCUUGAGCUUUCAUUUCUUGCCAAAAAUGUUUUUAAAAAAUUGAUUGCUUUUAUAAAGAACGAAAUCUGUGGUGACCAUUCGGGACGGAUAUUCAUAUUACCAUUUUUGUCAGCGACGUCGCAUAAUAUUUUGCAAUAAGAAUUAUGCAAAACAUGCUACUUUUGUGUUGCUUUGUAUAACAUUUUGAUUUUAGGGCGAACUUUUCAACCGCUGUAUCGCCUAGCGGAAUGCUAUCGAGCAACAUUGAGUAUUAAAAUUCCCAAAAACACUAGUGAAAUAUACACUUAAACUAAUGUUGUAUACUACUGUAACUUCAAACUUAUAAAUAACGAAAAGUUCUCCACUCAAGAAAACAAAAAAAAAAAUAUAAUUAUCUAUCAGCAUGACAACAUGUAUAUUUCUUAAGGUUAAUUAGGCUAAAAUAUUGUUUUUAGAAAAAAAAAUAUGUUUAUCAGAUAACAACUAAAAUGUUAUCUUUUAAUCAGGUUCAGAUAACGGACGAUCAGAGAAAUUUGUUUUACCUUUAGACAAAUGACUUACAUCGUCAAUAAGGUUAGCAGGUAAAGCAAACGUGUUUUCAUUUAAUUAAUUUUUUCUUGUUAGUUAAUUUAUUUAGACUUUCACUUGUAUUUUCUAAAAAAAAAAAAAAAGCCCUUCAUAAAUUUUCUAGUUUAAUUCGUGUUCUGGUUGUAAUUCACGCAUUUCGUGUUCAAAUAAUUUGGUUUGUGCACUUGGUAGAAAGUCUAUUGAAUUAGGACAAUCAAUAGGGACUAUUCAUGCAUAUGUACCAAGGAUAGUGCUUCACUAGGUUUUCCAACAGCACAACAGGUCAACGUCGAUGAGAUUAUGUAUAAAUGAGCAUCAUAAACUUCAACUGCCGCAACAGUCAUACCAUAUAAGUGUCCAAGAACACCUACGCCAUGUUGGAAACGAUGCUGCUCAUGAGUUCAUUAGUGGCACUAGCGACGUCAAACACCUGUCCUACGACCUUCGCCGCGGCGUGCGGGGUCCCUCUGGCGUACGGCCUCAACUCCACACAGGAGGCCACAAUCCUGGCCGCGCACAACCGCCUGCGCAACCACGUGGCCCUGGGGCUGGAGACGAGGGGCAGUCCCGGGCCGCAGCCGCCCGCCUCCAACAUGAGGCUCAUGACGUGGAACGUGGAACUCGCCACACUCGCUCAGAGCUGGGCCAACCAGUGUAACUUCACCCACGACAACUGCGGUGGCAGCACUAAUUUCAGCGUCGGUCAGAACAUAUACGCUGUGAUUGCUACUAAGCUAAUAACGUUCAACGUGACGCAGCCGGUAGGGAGUUGGUACGACGAAGUGCAGUACUUCAACAAGUCUUCGAUUUCGCCUUUUGUGUACCUGGAGAAGGCGGACCACUACACGCAGCUGGUGUGGGCCAACAGCUACUACCUGGGCUGCGGCUUCGUGGCGUACAGGAACUCGAGCUCGGGCAACGUGUGGCACACCAUGGUGUGCAACUACGGGCCGGCGGGCAACUACGUGGGCGGGACCAUGUACAACGCUACGGGCAGCGCCUGCGAGGCCUGCACGGCGAGGACCUCGUGCAGCAAGGCCUACACGGGCCUGUGCGGCUAGGGCGCAGACUAUUGGUCGAGACGGCGUACCCACGCCAGCUGCGCAGCGUCUGACACACGUGCAACUGCCGGAAACCUGUGACCGGGCUGAUUUUUGAGGUUAUGUUCGAAUUCCAAUCUUUUAGCCAAAAAAAGUUGGGAAGUGUGUGUGUGUGUGUGUGUGCAACAUUUGCUAUGUUAAUGUUUGAUUUCAAAAAAUGAGAACGAAACUCAACCCCUGUCUCAUCUAAAGAACUAUUUUUUUGUUUGUUGUUAUAACGAUGAACAAUAAUUUCUUGCUGAUAUAUUGUUACUGCUUAUCUUUUUUUUUUUUUGUUAAAUAAAUACACCUUUCAUUACAGCUAUUUUUACAAUUCUUC